UAUACCAGCACUGUGGAAACUAUUAAUAUUCAUGGUAGGAGCUUGUAAUGCUAUUGGAUAUAAAGAGAUUAUGCUUCAAAUACUGUGGACUUUCGGUGGACUGAAGUAAUUGUUACAAACACAAUCAAGAAAAGAGACUUUCAACGUCACGUAGCAAUAAUAUUUUGAACUGGUAUCAGUUAAUAGAUCUAUUAUAGUCCACUUUUUGAUCGCUUGCGCAUAAACCAGUUUAUCAAUGCUGACGUUUUUUCACUUGGAAAUAUGAAAAAAAAAAAAAUCAGUGUCUGUGUUUUGUGAUUGUGGCAUAUUUUUGAUGGACUAUGCAGGCAACGUAUUUUCCAAGUUGCAUUUUACUGGUUAUUAAAACCGCAGCAUAAAACUGACAAAAUUUAAGACGCAUAUUUCCGUGUAAACAUUAUAGAUUUCUUCGUAUCGGUUAUAUUUUGUGGGGAUUUCAAAAGACCCAAAGAAGUAAAUGUUAAGCCAACUAUGGAGCAGCCUGGAACUGAAGAACUCAGUCAGAUCCAACAGCACGAGCCUAUACGCUUUGGAAUUGAUCAGAUUCUGAAUAAUACGGAUCAAGCCAGCAUGCUGCCGAACCGGACCGACGGGCAGGAUUACCAGCUGGCUUCCGAUAUGUAUAACCCUGUAUGUUCCUCUUACAAUGCAAGCAUGAAGAUUAACUUAAGCAUGCACAUGAAAGUCAAUGUAAAGGCAGGGACCGCAGGCGGGGUGAUCCGCGUCCCGGCCCAUAGACCUGUGCCGCCUGCGCCUCGUCCCCCUGUCGAUACCCAUCACACUGGCAUCGCGCCUGGGGUAGCGGGCGUGGGAAACGCUGAUUGUUUUGCGUUCCCCUGGAUGGAAAACAACAGAAGAUUUGCAAAAGACAGACUCACUGCAGCACUGUCAGCAUUUGCCGUGAGCAGGCGAGUUGGUCACCCCUACCAGAACCGGACACCCCCUAAAAGGAAGAAACCCCGCACUUCCUUCAGCCGCCUGCAGGUCUGCGAGCUGGAGAAACGCUUCCACAGGCAGAAGUACCUGGCGUCGGCUGAGCGUGGUAGCUUCGCCAAGGCUCUGCAGAUGACUGACGCCCAGGUUAAGACCUGGUUCCAGAACAGGAGGACGAAAUGGAGGAGGCAGAGUGCAGAGGAACAGGAGGCAGGAAGACAAAAAGCCAAUCGCCUGAUUAUGCAGCUCCAACAUGAGGCCUUCCAGAAGAGCCUGGCUCAGCCCAUGCAGCAAGACCCCCCAUGCCUGCACAACACCUCCCUCUAUGCCCUGCAGAAGCUGCAGCCCUGGGGGGAGGACAGCAAUGUGGCCUCUGUCACCUCUGCUGUUUGAUGGGUCUCGAUAAACGCUCUCUGUCGCUGAUAAUUCAGCAUCAGCUGAAUUACUGAAGUACAGCCAUGAGCACAGUGCUUUGGUACAAAAUCUGCAGACUUACCAACUGCACAAAUACUGUUGUCACGUGACUGAGAAGGGAAUGGGUGAACAAUCCAGAUGCAAGCUUUUCUUGUAGGAAAAACCACAAGGGACAGAUAACUAAUAAUACCUAAUAAGAAAACUAGAGACAGGUAUGGGGGUGAUUAGGUGAUUAUGGGAUGGCCAGAGCCCCCUGCAGGCCAAAUGGAUACUCAAUGGGCUGACAAGCCGGGUCCUGCAAACUGCUGGGUGAGGAAAUGACCAAAUUAUUGGGUCAAGCACAAAUGUUUGUAUCCUCUCUCUUCUAUGUGACAAUAUGUAUCUUGGCUUUUGGUCCUGUGUGAUCCCAAAGUGAAAUUUGCCUGCUGCUUUGUACUAGAUCAACUACUAAUCUAGUUCAUUACACUUUACGAUAAUUUUCUUUCUAUUUCCCUGUCGUCCUGGAUAUAUCUGCUACAGAUAUCAAAGAUUUUAAACUAGUAAUCUGUGUUACCUGUUUGCUUUAUGCUCAAAAGCGUACAAUAAAUUGAUUUUUGUACAUA